AAAAUGAUAAAACGGAUAUCAAAAGGGAAACAAGCUAUUUUCUGCAUUCUUGACACGUUACUUAAAAUUGCUCAGUGGUUAUUAAAGUUUAUUUCACCUGCUGUAUGGUCUUUUAUCACAUGUUUCUUGCAUGAAUUUAAAGAUGGCAGGGAAUUUAUAAUUUUGCUU